GACGAUCAUUAUUAAACCUUGAGAGCUAAGAAAGCCGGAGGAGCUGAAUUAUCAAUCAAAAUCGGAGUAGAAAUUUAUUGGUAGAAUCAUUACUCAGAGAAUACAUAAAAAUCUGCAAAAUUAGAAAAGAGUAGAGAAAGAAACCCUAGCAUAAAUUUGCAGCGUUAUAGCUCGAUCUAAUCGGAGUUAAAAACUGAAAAGACCGCCGGUGGAAGCCAAAAAGCCUCUGAGCAAUGAGCACUCCACCACUAUCCGGCGGCGGCGUGUUGACAGGGGGCUUCACUAAGUUGUGUAAAGGGCUUGCCGUGGUGCUUGUGGGCGGCCACAUUGUUGUGCAGAUUAUUCCUACUGCUUCUUCAUAUCUUGCUCUUAUCCCCGCCAAGACAAUUCCUUUUGCUUGGAAUCUUAUAACUGCCGGUUACAUUGAGCAAUCUGUGCAUGGAGUGGUCAUCAGCACUCUUGGUCUCCUUUUCCUUGGAAAACUGCUUGAACCAAUAUGGGGUUCUCGAGAAUUCUUAAAGUUUAUCUUUGUGGUUAAUUUCUUAACUUCUGUCUGUGUUUUCAUCACGGCCAUUUGCUUGUACUACAUAACAAGGCAGGAAAAUUACCUUUAUAUGCCAAUUUCUGGCUUUCAAGGGAUUCUAUCAGGAUUUCUUGUCGGCAUUAAGCAAAUUAUACCUGACCAAGAGCUGCCUGUGCUGAAAUUAAAAGCAAAAUGGUUGCCUUCUCUCAUGUUAUUGGUGUCCAUUGCUGCAAGCUUUUUUACACCAGAUUCAGCAUCAUACCUCCCAACUUUAGUAUUUGGUGCAUAUAUAGGUUGGAUUUACCUCAGAUAUUGGCAAAGUAAACCUGAAACAAAACUCAGGGGUGAUCCAAGUGAUGAGUUUGCAUUCUCUACAUUCUUCCCUGAAUUUUUAAGACCUGUAAUUGAUCCCAUUGCUACAAUAUUUGGGCGAUUAUGUUGUGGAAGAAGAUCUGAAACUUCUGAUGAGGCCAGGGGUCAUACCUUGGGGGGUGAGCCACUGCCUGGUUCUGAUCCUAUCGAGGCAUCUCGGAGGAGGGAAAGGGGUGCUCGCGCACUCGAAGAGAGAUUAGCAGCAGAGAGGCUGGCCGCUGCAGGGAGGUCAGAAGAGUCACAAAGAGAUGCAGCUGAGAAUGUCUAAAAAUGUCUUAUAAUGCAAAUAUUAAAAAUUCAAGUUUACCGAAAUCUCUAGACACAUUAUAAGCUAUGUGAAAGCAGUUGGAUACUGAAUACCAGUUUUGCCUCGUUUUUAUUCUGAUCUGCAUCGUAUCAACUAGCGCCAUUUUUUUGUUUUGCACACUACUGUCUUUACCACAGCUUAGAGAAAUGAGUAUUUAGUUUUUUGGAGGCAGUCUUUAAUUGUACUUUAGCACAUUACAGACGGUAGGUUUUUUUUAUUUUAUUUUAUUUAAAAUACUAUAUGGACCUCGACAUGCAUUACUAUUGAUGUACAUGGAAAACUUUGAAUGGACCUGUUUAUCCUGUUCGGC